UGAGCAACCGGCGCGCCGUACGGAAGAGCGGCGUGUGUUCGCCAUCGUUACCCUGGAAAACACCGACUCCUCUCUGCGAUCCACUAUGGCCUCAGAUGACAUUGCUCAGCUGGCUGAUGCGCUUUCCAAGACCCACGUCGGGGAUGGAGAGUUGAGCUUCAAAGGCUUGGGUCUGAAGCUUGACGACGCAGAAUCAGUGGAGGAGCUGGUCCGUGAGGUGGAGCAGUACCCCGGUCUGAGAGCUCUGCGCCUGGAGGGGAACACAGUGGGAGUGGAUGCGGCCCGGGCCAUUGCCAAGGCUCUGGAGAGCAAAGACCAGCUCCAGAGAUGCUAUUGGAGCGACAUGUUCACUGGAAGGUUGCGCUCUGAAAUCCCAACAGCCCUGAGGUCUCUGGGCAGCGCAUUAAUGAGUGCAGGGGCCCGGCUGACAGAGUUGGACCUUAGUGAUAAUGCCUUUGGGCCAGAUGGUGUGAAGGGAAUCGAACAGCUGCUGAAGAGCCCUUCCUGCCACAGUUUGCAGGAGCUGAGGCUCAACAACUGUGGCAUGGGGAUCGGAGGGGGAAAGAUCCUGGCUGAAGCUCUGAUUGAGUGCCACAGACAGUCAUCAGCGCACGGAGCUCCACUCAAACUGAGAGUGUUCAUGGCAGGGAGGAACCGCCUGGAAAACGAAGGAGCCAGCGCCCUGGCUAAGGCAUUUCAGUUGAUGGGCAGCCUGGAAGAAGUCCACAUGCCCCAGAAUGGUAUCAACUACGCAGGUGUGAUGGCGUUAGCUUCAGCCAUGAGACACAACCCAGAGCUCCGCGUCCUCAACUUCAACGACAACACUUUCACCAAGAGGGGAACGCUGGCCAUGGCACAGGCUCUGAGGCACCUGAGGAACGUACAGGCGAUCAACUUCGGAGACUGUCUGGUCCGCUCUGAAGGAGCCAUCGCGCUCGCUGCUGUCCUCAGAGAGGGUCUGCCCAUCCUCAAGGAUCUCAAUCUGUCUUUUGGUGAGAUCACAGAGGCAGCAGCUCUGGUGGUAGCUCAGGCUGUCAUGGACAAACCUGACAUGGAGAAAGUGGAUCUGAACGGUAACAGUUUGGGGGAGGAGGGCUGUGAGGCUUUGAGGGAAGCUAUGGAGAACAUGGACAAAGGAGGCAUGCUGGCAUCGCUCAGUGAUGAUGAGGGAGAACCUGAUGACGAGGAUGAAGAAGAAGAAGAUGAGGACGAAGAUGAUGCCAGUGACGACUGUAAUGAAGACAACGAAGAUGACGGUGAAAUUGUGAAGGAAAAUGGUUUGACAAGAAAAGACAACAGUCCUGCAAAACCUCAGAGCCCACCAGAGAUCAUGUCUUUCCUCAGCUGCCCCUCUGCAGAGAGGCUCCUUCAGCUGGGAGAGAUGAGGACCAGCCUGCAACAACAGGUGGAUGCAUCUGACCCCCACAAGGCCGCAGAUGUCCUUCUGAAAAUCGCUUCUUUGUACAGUGAGGAACCAGAGACCAAAACAGCUGUCCUUGAAACCAUUGAUGCUGUGAUGAAGAAGCUCCUCUCUGGCUCAGCUUUCCAGUCAUACUGCUUCCUCUCCUCGCUGCUGGUCAUGAUGGGACUCCUCAAGGGAGAGGGAAAGAGGAAAAAGGUCUCACUGGUCCCAGGUCAGCUGUUGUGUUUGGAGCAUGCUAUCCAGCAGGAAUACUUCCCUCAGCACCAUGCCUCGCUUCUUCACACCUUCAUGUCCAGGAACGGUGGAGCUCUGGAGUCCUGCAGCAGUGCUAGUGAGAGGCUAAGCUCCACGCUGGAGAAGAAGUGCCACGACCAACACUGAUUAACUGCUGCCUUUACCCACACUGAGAUACAGACACACACUGUACUGACUUUAUUGUCUUCAUUAACAACCAACAGGGAAGCUUUACACUUGAAGAAGGGACUCAGACAGCCACUUAAUGUAUCUCCACUCCUGAUCUGUAUAUUUUAUGAAGGCAAAAAAGUUCCAGAAUGUCUUAGUUUUUAUUUUUCUACUAAUGCUUGUGACUUAUAUUUUUUAUAGAAAAUAAAGAUAGAAAUAAUACACAAAAGGUAAAAUGUGUAAAACUGAAACUGAUUGUAACCUGGAGUGGAGCUAACAUGAGGCAAUGUCAAGCUGGCACCUUUUACAACGAUUUCACUGUUUACAACAAAACAUCUAUUUCAGACAGGGUCCCCUUAUAGCUGACGGUAAUUUCAGCUGUAAUGGGUUUACAGAUCAAGGUUAUUUCCACCUCUUAAUGAAUUUGUAGCUUGAACUGUACAUUUUGUAAAAGAAUGGCAGAUUUCAGAGUGUGAUUAAAACACAGCUAGGGAUUUUCUGUAUUUUUAGACCUAUAUUUCAGAUACUCUGAUGUUUUGUUGCUGUGAACACGCUGUUAUGGAGUGCUGAGACAGAAAUGGAAAGGCCAAUUAUUCAUGUAAAUCAUACCAAACAGAAAAACUACAAUCUAUUAUUAAUAAUAAAUUAGGGAAAAAUGAAGGGCUGACUUUAUUGUUCCGUUCCACUAGUAGGACGUAUCACAUGCUGUUUACCUUGACAAACUUUUAGUACAGCCUGUUCGAUCACAAUCAUCACACUGAGGCUCUUAAGGUCCAGUCAAGUCAGGGUGCUGCUGUGUGCAUCAGACUGUGAGGCUGCGGGCAGGAGCACCACACACUCACUCACACACACACACACACACACAUUUGCCUGAACACACACACACACACACCAUGUGUGUGCAUCGCCUUGCAAUGAGCUAACACUGCAGAGCUCAGGGGACCAAAAUGACUUAUAACUAAUGUUAAUUUUCUCUUUUUUUGUGAUCCAUAAUCAGUCUUAAUUGAAAAAUGUGCUCUUAUAUAUGACUUGAUGAAUUUCAGCUGCUGGAGUUACCUAAUUUAGCGUUUAUGUGUUAGAUAUGAUGGAGCUUUUAAGGGAAAAAGACAAUUUAAUGGCAUUUAAUAAGGAUAACAUUAGACCAUGUGGACUGCAUUUAUACUGUGAAGAUAAUGUUUAUUGACUGGAAAAGGUUGUGAAAUGUUGUUAAUGUGUACUGAAAGCACUGUCGGAAAUAUAACUAAUCAAACAAA